AUGGAGUCCAGAUCUCUUCACUCGAAGCCGUCGGAAGAGACUCUCAUAUCGCUUCUUCAACUUGAUCCGUCCCCCAUCGAGACGCCACCGGCCGAUUUUGACAAAGAUCUUCCUCCCCUGCCCGAAGAUGCCCUUGAGAAUAGCACUGGGUCACUUAGGUCGACUUCUUCUGCGCCGGGUCUGAGCGGCAGUGGUCACAGCGCUACAUUCUAUUUAACACGAAUCCAAAAGUUUUCUUCCUACCUGAUACCGGUCUUCAUGUCACUUCACGUCGUCAACACCUCGAUAAUACCUCUGUUUGCGCGAUCGGUCCCAGCUUCCGAGGCAUACCUGCUACUUUCUCGAGAAAUAUACCAAACACCGCUAACAGAACCGCUUCUCGUGGCGUUGCCCAUCUUCGCACACAUCGCCUCUGGCUUCGCCCUCCGCCUCGUUCGCCGAUCGCAGAAUCUCAAGCGCUAUGGCGGCAACACUCCUGGCAUGUACGCCUUGUAUCGGUCUCAGACCGGCAAAACAUCACGAACCUCGACCUACAAUAACGUCAACUCAGCUAGCAGGAUAUGGCCAUUCGUCAGCUACAUAUCUAUAUCUGGCCAUGUCUUCACAAUUCUUCUUGUUGCUCACGCAGGCAUUAACCGAAUUCUUCCUCUGCAAGUUGAUGGCGGCAGCUCCAACAUUGGCUUGGGGUUCGUUUCGCAUGGAUUUGCCCGGCAUUCCUUCGUCUCGUGGAUUACGUACACCAGCCUUCUUGCAAUAGGCUGCGGGCAUAUGGUUUGGGGCGCCGCAAAGUGGCUGGGCCUGGCGCCAACGGCUAUGGGGUGGAGCGGUAGUGGACACAAUGUCGUUGACAAAAGGGUGCGACGGCGGAAGAGAAGAGCGUGGUGGGCGCUACACGGCGCAGCCGCGGCCGCGGCAGGCAUCUGGGCUGCCGGCGGUUUGGGAAUCGUGGCUAGGGGUGGUCUAACGGACGGCUGGAUUGGGAAGGUUUAUGAUGACUUAUAUAGCAGGAUUUCGCUUUGGUAA